GCCAGCGCGCGUGUGUGUGCAGCCGUUGUGUUUGUGCUUGUUCGCAUUGUUAAAUAUCCGCACCAGCAGCAGUGCAGCCAAAUGGGAUGAUAGAUGCCGAAUGCCGAACGGCGCGCGAGCAGAGCGAGUGGCUACCAUUGUUAAUCCGCACAGUCCGCACAGUCCACACAGUCCUCUGUGCCUCUCUUCUCCUCCAUCCCGCCCAUGCCCUUGCCUGCCCAGCUUGCUACCAAAACUCGACCUCGACUUCAUCCCUUGCUCUCUCGGAACUCUCUGCCCAAGCUGUUGCUUCAGCUCCAGCUCAGCGUACAAUUGUUGCUCUGCGGAUGCUGCGCUCAUUGCCGGGUGCUGCCAAUCCUGGGUGGAAUCCGUUCAUUAUUUAUCCGGCUGGUGGUAAGCAAAUACCGCUCACAAGCCACUUGGUGCUAUCACUCUUGGAUUACUCACUGGGCACGGCUCGGCGAUAACGUGUCACUGCCACAAACGGAACCGCAACGGCGAUAAAUUAUUUUCACAGCGAAAAUAACACUGCCUAACAAAGAUAUUUCUUCAGCUAUCAGCUAUACAUAUCAGAAUAGAUGAACAGAAAAUAUGUAAUCCCAUUUAUGUAAUUAUUUCUGGUACUCCGCCAACUUGUUUUUAAGCUUUCCUAUAUUUUAAAUGUUUUAUUUAAUUACAUUUUAUUUAAUUUAAAAAAACGUUUGGCUUGAGCGGCGGAUAUGACUAAAGAAUUCUUAAAUAGAUACCAUGUAAAAAUCUAUUCGUUUCAUUCCAUACACACAUAAUAAGUUGAGUUUAUAAUUCCAUUAUUCACACAGCCCUCUAGGGUCCCCCACAAUGCCAAUUUCUUUUGUUGUGUAGUGUAAUAGCAUAGGAUUGGCAGCCUCCGAUUGUUUACAUCAGCGUAGGCGGCACUGCAACAACAACAAUAGCAUCCUCCGCUCUCUUUCUCUCUCCCGUGCUUUGCGCUCUGGAGCGGAGGAGAAAAGAAAAGCGCUAUUCGCUCACUUUCUCUCCGGCUCUCUUCGUGCUGCUGCGCCAAUUUGCAAGAAAACUAAGUUGGUUUGCUGUGCAGUUGUGACAAUCGUCGAGGAGAGCAGCGGCGCACUCUCCACAAGGAAGCUGCCAAGCCAGCGAGAGGUGACAAGUGAAAAGUGGCAAGUGGAAGUACCAAAUGGUGACAGGUUCACUGGUAGUAAUCGCAAGUAGCUGCCCGUUUGGCUGCGGAUUUUCGUCCAAGUUCGCUAUUCGUGUUGGUUCUUGAUGGUUUCGUCUCUCUCGGGAGUCCGCAUAGGCGGCAGUGUGUGUAUACAUAUACGUGCUUUCACACUGACAACAGGGCCGGGCGCGUGUAUGAGUGUGGUUAAUUUUGCCGUGUUGCCGAACAUCUGUAUCUGUAUCUGUGGCAGCCAAUAGUUGUGGCAAGGCCCUCGAGCCACUCGCAACACAACACAUAACAACAGCAUCCCCAAUAAGUGGCAGCAACUGCGCCGCAUGGCAAAGCACCAACGGCCGCAUUUGUUGUUAAUUGAAAUAAAUUGAAAUAAAUUCCCCGACUUUGCUGCUCUUAUUGUUAAUAAAGAGUAGCCGGAGCGACGCAACGGCGAAUCAGCAGCAGCAGUAAACAAAACUCCCAGCAUCCGGCGACACAGGACAUGCGCAGUGGCCUUUUUGGUAGUUGCAUUUUGGCCAACAACGACUGAAAGAGCAGAGAGCGGAGGAGCAUGGCCUUUUCCCGCCACAACAUCGAGAAGCGCCGACUCAUCGAGCUCGUGCGACUCAACCCAAUCCUCUGGGACUGCCGCCUGCCACACUACAAGCGCUCGGACAAGCGCAAGGCCAUCAAAUGGAACGAGUUGGGGCGGCUCUUCAACGUUAAUGGCGAGCGGGUGCAGCGCACGUUCACUUCGCUCCGCGAGAUCUUCCGCCGCGAGCUGAACCACGAAAAGAUGCUGGGCACCACGCGCUUCAAGUCCAAGUGGGAAUACUACGAUGCCAUGGCCUUCCUCAAGGAGGUCAUUCGAGAACGCAAAUCUCGCGAGCGCAUCAAGCACGGCUCUUUGGAUCCCGCACCAGUAGCCACAGGCAGCAGCAACAAUAACAACAACUGCGUAAGCCGCAAUAGCAGCAACAACAACAGCAGCAGUGCGGCCCUAGACGAAUACCAGUACUUUGCUCCUAGCGACCCCAACAACCCGAACAAUCAGCCCCAGCCGCAGCCCGAACCAAAGAGUAGUCUGCCUGUGACUAUUCCCAGUCUAAGUCUCAGCCUCAGCCAGUUGCCGGUGGCUCUGCAGCAGCAGGCCCAGCAUCUCCAAGCCUUACAGCUGCAACCGGACGUGACGCUGACUUCCCUGCAGAAGCAACCUUUGCCCACUUCCCUUUCCAUUGCCACACCCGCGCCCUUAGCACAAACCUCGCCCGCCCAGGUGCUGUCCAGCUCGCGCUCCUGCAGCUCUUCGCCCUCCAUCUAUAUAAAGGACGAGCCGUGUUCUCCGGCAGGCGGUUGCCCGGAAGAAGUGAUGAUCGGAAAUGGACCAGAGGCGACGAGGAAGAAGCUGGCCACAAUUCGUCCGCAGACCAAACAGCAACUUAAAGCGCGUCUGCAGCUGCCCACGCCCAAAAACUCAUCAUCGUACGCUACGUCGCCGCCCCAUUUGAUCAUCAAUGCCAACAACGAGCUUAUUGACACCGACGCCGGGGACCUGGAGGAGGAUCUGGACGACUUCGACGAGGACGACGACGUGACCGGACGCUGCUCACCCAUCGUCGGCCAGUCGGAGAUGAUGGGUGCCGACGGCAGACUCUCGGUCGGAAGCAUUUAUAUCGGGGAGGGUGGCGACUGCGGAAGGGGUCUGGGUAGAGCCCACACUCAGGCGCGCCACGUGCCUACCUCCAGGGAACUGCUCUACAUGAAAUUCGGUGACUUUCUGGCCGCCAGAUUGAACACUUUGCAUGAGACUGUAGCUAAUGAGCUGAUGAACAAGAUGCUGCUGCUAAUUGCAGAGAAGUGAGGAAAGCGGGGACCGAUGUCGCCUCUAAAAUUAUUGCAUUUGGAGUGGCGUAGCUCCCAUCACCAAGGCGACAUAGUGUUGGAUAGCGUAUUAAGGUGCACAAAUCAAGUCUGUACCAUGUGCCAUUUAAGCAUCUCUCCAAGGCGUAUGAUAGUCUAUGGUUAAAAUCAAUGGAUAAGUCUUUAAAUCAAACAAGUUCAAAAAAUGCGACCAAUAAAAUUGUAUCAUUCCGAACUCAA